CAUCGUCGUCGUCACCAUCAACUUUAAAAUCACAACUCGAUUUCUCGACUUCAGCAGCAGCACUCAGUCCUCUGGAAGAUGUCCCAAUGCCAGCAUGUGACUUCAAGCCGAGACCGUACACGGGCCCAUCCUAUGAAGAUGCAUUGAAAGCCAGGCGGGAUUUUUUCAACCCCGGAUUGGUCACUGCGUUUGGCAGGCCUCUCUUGCUCCACCAAGGAUACAUGCAGUGGUUGUGGGAUCAGAGUGGGAAGAGGUACCUGGAUAUGGCAGCUGGGAUCGUAACUGUCAGUGUUGGACAUUGUCAUCCCAAAACAGUAAAAGCCCUCGCGGAGCAGAACAUUACCCUGUGGCACGCCCCCAGCAUAUUCCUCAGCGAGGCUGCCAUAACCUACGCUACCAAACUGGCCAGCAAACUUCCCGGCAACCUGAAGUCUGUCUACCUAACAAACAGUGGGACUGAGGCGAACGACUUGGCACUUCACAUGGCGCGUUUGUAUACGGGCAGAUUUGAUAUCAUUUCUCUACAGAAUGCAUACCACGGUGGCAGUCCUCAUCUGAUGGGGACGACAGCGAUGAACACGUGGAAACACAGCGUUCCCGGUGGCUUUGGUGGUCAUCAGACUGUGGUACCGGAUGUUUACAGAGGACCAUGGGGCGGUAGCAAGUGUAGGGACUCCAUUGUCCAGACAACGAGGAACUGCAAUUGCAAAGAUGGGUGCUGUGAGGCAAACGAGAGGUACUUGGAGCAGUUGGAAAAUACUUUAAAGUUUUCCAUUCCCAAAGUGGGACCAGCUGCCUUCAUUGCGGAAUCUAUCCAAGGAGCUGGAGGGGUUGUACAGUUCCCGAAGGAUUACCUCAAAAAGGCCUUCCAGAUGAUCCGUGCCAAAGGAGGCUUGUGCAUCUCAGACGAGGUUCAGACGGGCUUCACACGGACGGGCAGCCACUUCUGGGGUUUCGAAGCUCACGGAGUCGUUCCUGACAUCGUGACAAUGGCUAAGGGAAUCGGAAAUGGAUUUCCAUUGGCGGCAGUUGUGACCACCCACGAAAUCGCCAAGCCUUUGAGCUCUGCUCUGCACUUCAACACAUUCGGAGGAGAUCCACUGGCUUGUGCUGUUGGGUCGGCUGUUUUGGAUACUUUAGAAUCGGAAAAAUGCAUGGAGAAUUCUGACGAGGUAGGUAGUCAUCUGCUGAGAGAACUGCAGAAGUUGAGAGAUUCAAACAAAUUUGUUGGUGAUGUUAGAGGAAAAGGAUUGAUGGUUGGUCUCGAGAUGGUUCAAAAUAAGGAAACAAAAGAACCACUGCCAUUGGAGAAGGUGAAUGCUGUUUGGAACGAGAUUCUCGACUUGGGUGUCGUUCUCACGAAAGGAGGAAUUUCAGGGAACGUAUUCCGUUUGAAACCACCCCUCUGUAUAACGAAGGAUGACGUCAAUUUUGCCGUUUCCGUUAUUACGAAGGCCAUCAACAAACACCUCAAGUAACGCAAUUGUUGUACGAGAUAUCUGAAAUUUUGUUCGAAAUAUCUGGGAUGUUCUACGAUAUAUCUGAAAAACGUGUGAUUAAAGCAGUUUAGCGGGAAAUGAAUUUUUUUGUUGUUGAAUUUGUUAAUUAAUUCUAAGAAUGUUCAUUUGAAAUUAAAAGCAAAUAAAUUAUUAAUAUUCAGUAAUUGAGUUUUAUGUCAGAUAAAAUCAACUACUAACUAAAGAUUUUGUAUUUAAAGAUCUUUGGUGGUUUCAUUUUUUCUUCGUUAGUAUUUUUGUGAGGUGCCCGUGGUGAAAGUAAAGUUAAUGCGUUACUUUUUUCUAAGUGUCAACUGAUAUGAAAUAUAACAUGCACUGAUAA